AUGGCAUCGGACAAGAAAAAGGACGGAGCUCCUGUGGCGGUGACCGAGAGCGAUGUCGCCUUUGGCGUUGUCGAGCAAGUCACUGAGGAUGACUGCUACGCGGUUCGCGUAAUCGAAAUCCCAAAGAGCAAAUGGAAAAGGCGUUUUAGGAGUGUUGUUUUCCAGAUGGUCUUACUGUCUCUACUCUCCUUCUCAGGACCGUCGAUGAGCAAUGCCAUCAGUGCUCUUGGUGGAGGUGGCCUUGCAACACCUUAUACUGCCAACACUGCCUCGGCUGUGCAGUAUUCGACAUCAAUCCUUGUUGCUAUGUUCGGUGGCCCAUUCAUCAGCACUAUUGGUAUCCCGGUUGCGUGCAUGAUUGGUGCUGUUGGGUUUCCGCUUUCUGGAUCCGGUUUCUACGUCAACAGCAAAUACGGAGUUCAGUGGUAUCUGAUCUUCGCAAAGGCGAUAUAUGGAAUAACUUCUGCAUUCCUCUACGUCGCCGAGGCAUCUUCCAUGAUUUCGUACCCUGAGCAACACCGACGCGGUUUCUACAUCAGCUUAUGGGUCGUCAUGAGGAACUUGGGUUCCAUCAUCGCCGGUGCUAUUAGCUUAGCCCUCAACAUCACCCGCAACGGACAAGGAGGAGUCACUCCCAACACGUAUCUGGCUUUCCUUGGUAUGGAAUGCAUAGGUCUUCCGGCCGCGUUCCUGUUGACAAAGACACGAAAAGUGAUCCGCUCUGACGGAUGGGGUGUUCCCUUGCUUCCGAAGAAGUCCUGGAAGGAGGAGUGCAAGCUGUUGCUUGCCCACCACAUGCAGAAGCGAACGCUUCUUUUGAUCCCGGUCUACAUCCUCACAUACUUUGGUGAUGGAGUAUGGGGCACCUACCUUUCGCUUCACUUCUCGGUCAGAGCUCGCGCUCUCUCGGCUCUAGUCGGUCCCCUAGUUGCUGUUGUCAUGAACCCGCUAUUCGGAAAGAUUUUGGACAUGAAGAGUUUGGGACCUCGAAGAAAGGGGAUAAUUGCGUUUUGGGUCUGGACACUUCCCACCCUGGGAAUGCUCAUUUGGGUCAUGUACAACCUCAAGUGGUUCAGUGACCAGCCGGAGACGCUCCGUUUGGACUAUCAAGUGAACACUGGUUUGUGGUUCGCUAUGUGGUUCCCAUACCUGAUCUAUGUUGUCAACGCAUGGAUGUCUCAAACCCUCGUAUACUGGGUUCUCGGCCAGUUCGCAUCCGAUGUCUCUACAAAUGCUCGCACAGGGGGUGUUUUCCGGUCAUGGGAGACUGUUGGCCAAGCCGUUUCUUACGGAAUCAACUCGCACACAAAUAGCCAAUUCAUCCCAUUCGGGAUUUACUUCGGUCUGUUCGUGGUCGCUAUGCCACUCUUCUUCCAGGUCUUGCUUGAAAUACCCGUCGAGGAAAGAGUUCUUAAGGUCAGGACCGAUGACGGUCAGAUCAUUGCAGAUGCCGACAAGAUUCAGCGCGGGGCUAUCGACGGAACUGCGAUCGCAGAUAUCGAGACUCGGGGAGCUGAUACGAAAUGA